AUGGCACAGGUAUUUUACAUGUAUAGUGCUGGGCACCUUGAUGCUGUGUUCCCAGAAGAAUAUCGUAAAGAAAUCCUUCGAUACCAUACUAUCACCAGAUUUGUGGGUCCCAUCACACCUCUUAUUCUUCAGCUCAGACGAGAACUCUUCCUUCAACCUUACCAUCAAAUUCAUUGGAAUGAAGCUCGUCGCCUUUGUGCAAAGGAAGAUCUUUACUAUCCACAUCCCUUGAUACAAGAUUUGAUAUGGGAUAGUUUGUAUACAUUCGCUGAGCCGCUUCUCACUCGUUGGCCCUUCAAUAAGUUGGUAAGAGAGAAAGCUCUUCAAGUAACAAUGAAGCAUAUUCACUAUGAAGAUGAAACUAGUCGAUACAUAACCAUUGGCUGCGUCGAAAAGGUUUUAUGUAUGCUAGCUUGUUGGGUUGAAGAUCCGAAAGGAGAUGCCUUUAAGAAGCAUCUUGCUAGGGUUCCUGAUUACAUAUGGGUUUCUGAAGAUGGAAUUACCAUGCAGGGUUUUGGAAGCCAACAAUGGGAUGCUGGUUUUGCAGUGCAAGCUUUACUUGCCACAAACCAAACUGACGAAAUUGCUUUUAUUCUUGCAAGAGGACAUGACUUCAUAAAGAAAUCUCAGGUUAAGGACAACCCUUCAGGUGACUUUAAAAGUAUGUAUCGUCACAUUACAAAAGGGGCAUGGACUUUCUCUGAUCAGGACCAUGGAUGGCAAGUUUCUGAUUGUACUGCAGAGGCUUUGAAGUGUUGUCUUCUUUUGUCAAUGCUACCACAAGAGAUUGUGGGUGAAACUAUGGAAGUAGAAAGGCUUUAUGAUUCCAUUAAUCUUCUUUUGUCACUUCAGAGUGAAAAAGGUGGAUUUGCAGCAUGGGAACCAGUGAAAGGUCAAGAUUGGUUAGAAGUGCUAAAUCCUACGGAAUUCUUCCAAGACAUCGUGGUGGAACAUGAAUAUGUAGAAUGCACUGGAUCAACAAUUCAAGCUUUAGUUUUAUUCUCAAAGCUAUAUCCACGGCAUAGAACAAGGGAGAUUGAGAAUUGUAUUGAGAAAGCUGUGAAAUUCCUUGAAGACACACAAACUGAAAAUGGUGGAUGGUAUGGGAAAUGGGGUGUUUGCUUCACUUAUGGCACUUGGUUUGCAUUAGGUGGCCUUGUUGCUGCUGGUAAGACUUAUAAUAAUUGUCUUGCCAUUCGUAAAGCUGUGAACUUUCUUCUCACAUCGCAAAGGGAUGAUGGUGGGUGGGGUGAGAGCUAUCUUUCAUGUCCAAAAAAGAAAUAUGUUCCCCUUGAAGGUAAUAGAUCAAAUGUGGUACAAACAGCAUGGGCUAUGAUGGGUCUAAUAUAUGCCGGACAGGUUGAGAGAGAUCCAUCUCCUCUUCAUCGUGGAGCAAGACUUUUAAUCAAUGCUCAGUUGGAGAAUGGGGAUUGGCCACAACAAGAAGUCACUGGUGUAUUCAGCAGGAAUUGCAUGCUUCAUUAUCCAAUGUACAGAAAUGUUUUUCCGCUUUGGGCUCUGGCUGAAUAUCGGAAACGAGUUACAUAUAUAGCUUUCUAA